CCUACAAAAAUUCACUUUAUUUUUAUAUUUCCAAAAAAUGUGUGGAUUGGUGGCUAACUUUAAAAUUAUCUAUUUUCUGUAAUGGACUACUAUGGCAAGUGAUACAUAAUUGACCUAUUUGUUUGAUUUCAUUCAACAACAAUACUAAGAGUCCGUUUGAGUUGGCUUAAAAAAUGUAGCUUUUAAGGUUAAAAUAAGAAGUAGGGGAAGCCUACUUUUGGUUUAACUUAUUUUAAGUUAUUUUUAACCUUGCCAAACACUUCCUAACUUAUUUUAAGUUAUUUUUAUAUUUGACAAAUACUUCCAGGAGUCAAAAACCGACUUAAAAGUAGGUUUGACGAACUUUUAAGUCAAUCCAAACACACUCUAAUUUAUCAGCCACAGCUGAUGGAUUAAAAGUGCCCUUUGCCACUUUUCAACCAAUUACACCACUAUUUGUUUCCUAUAUAAGAAAUAAAAAGCAUUGUGUGCCGAAAACCUAAAAAUUCUCCUCCUCUAAAACAAACGAAAACAACAUUGAAAAAUGAGUGAUUUUAGGGCAGAAUUCAUGGAGGUUUAUGAAAAACUUAAAGCCGAGAUUUUAAAGGACUUGGAUAUUAAUUUAACUAAUGGCGCUUGUGAUUGGAUAGCAAAGAUGUUGGACCACAAUCUACUUGGAGGAAAGCUGAAUCACGGGCUCUCUGCUAUUGAUAGCUACAGUUUGUUGAAAGAAGGGAAACAACUAAGUAGUGAGGAGAUCAUUCUAAUAUCCUCCCUUGGCUGGUGCAUUGAAUGGCUUCAAGGAUACUUCCUUGUUCAUGAUGAUAUAAUGGAUGGCUCUUCCAAACGCCGAGGUCAACCAUGCUGGUUCAGAUUAGACAAGGUUGGCAUGAUUGCUGUUAAUGAUGGCGUACUUCUUCGCAACCACAUAGCUGUUAUUCUUAAACAGCACUUUAGAGGAAAGCCUUAUUAUGUUGAUCUUCUUGAAUUGUUUAAUGAGGUGGAAUACCAGACUGCCUGUGGACAAAUGAUAGAUUUGAUUACCACACAAGAGAAAGAUUUAUCAAAGUACUCAUUGUCUAUUCAUGGGCGGAUUGUCCAGUAUAAAACUGCUUAUUAUUCAUUUUAUCUCCCAGUGGCAUGUGCACUUCUUAUGGCCGGAGAGAAUCUUGACAAUCAUGCUAAUGCCAAGGACAUACUCAUCAAAAUGGGAAUAUAUUUCCAAGUUCAGGAUGAUUACCUGGACUGCUUUGCUGAUCCACAGGUGUUGGGUAAGAAUGGCACAGAUAUUAAAGAUUUCAAGUGUUCUUGGUUGGUUGUGAAAGCCCUAGAGCGCUGCAACGAGGAGCAGAAGAAAAUAUUGGAUGAGAACUAUGGAAUAGAUGAUAAAGCUUGUGUUGCUAAAAUUGAGGCGCUCUAUAAGGAUCUCAAACUUGAGGAUGUGUACCGGGAAUAUGAGGAGAAUACGUAUGAAGAGCUGAUAAAUACCAUUGAAGAUGAAGAAACCAAAUUAAGCAAACCAAUGCAAGCAGUUCUCAAGUCAUUCUUGGAGAAGAUAUAUAAGAGGCAGAAGUAGGAGACAAAAUUAUUGAACUAUAACAUUUAAUGUUUUAGAAUUAUUUGUGCUUCUGGUUUGUUUUCUUCACCGGUGUUCCGUAUCUUCUUGGGGCCUGACUAUUCCCGUAUCUGUGCUCAGAGGCGGACUCAGGAAUUGGAAGUGUGGGAGACACCUUUAUCUUUAAUAGAUACAUUCCAUUUCUUUUCUUUAUAUAAACCUAGACAUUUUCUUGGAGACAUGACUUCAUCAAGAAGACUGGUGUGGUUUUUCCUACUGGAUGAUUAGGAAAAUAUUAUAUAGUUUUGUGUCAUUCAAAACUUGAUUGAUUGAGGUGUUUCAAGUGCAUUUUAAUGUGGUUUCUUUAUACUGAAA